AUGGAGGAAGAAAUUAUGUUUGAUGAUUUUUUGAGAGGUGACAAGGCUUCCAGAAGACCAUUUCUGGAGAUUUCAAGUUUUGCCAUAACUUUUGUAUGAUUUUGGGUCAAAAUUUGUACAUUCUAUGUUUUGUAUAUGAUCAAAAUGGAGGAUGACGAGGUGCUUGGUGAUGAUUUAGAGUGGUCCGGCACAAGGGCACCAAUUCCAUUUGACUACCAUACUGCCCUUAUUGAAUUUUUGGACCUCGAGGUUGGGUGUUUAUUCAUGGCUGGGCGCUUAUUAACUUUUUCUGCCUUUAGGAUGGGCACUUAUUUGAGGUGGGCACUAAUAUUUCGAGGUUGGGUGCUUAUUGGAAUAAAUAGGGUAAAUUUUAAUUUUAGCUGGUCACCUCAGUUCCUGGAAAUUUUCCAAAAUGGUUAGUCUUUGAAAAGGAUGUUUUUUGCAGUCAGUGAUGGGUGGCUCCAAAGAAAAAAUCCAAGUUCUCCCAAUGGGAGUCAAACCAAUGACCUACUGGUCACUAGUCCACAUGCCCUACCACUGAGCUACAGGAGACUCGUGGGAGCUAAGGCCAUUAAUCUAGGUUCCUGUGACAAACAUCCAUCAUACUGCUAAUGUAGGAUGUAGAAGUCUGGGGCUGAGACCCAAAAGCAUGAUGGCAUAUGGAAAAUCCCGGUGUUAAGUAAAUACUUACUGUACAGAUGCUAUGCAAUCGGCAAAUAAAGUUAAAGGAAAGUGAUGAGAGCAUAACACUUGGAGUAGAAUGUCAAAAUGUGCUUAUGUUCUAUGAUAAAAAUGAUAUGGUGAAUUUUGAGCCUGGUGAAUACACGAGAAGAUGUUUUUUCAGUUGGUUACACACUACAGGCGGCUUGAAUGUGAAACAUUCCUAUCAUUGUUUCUAGUCUGAUGUUUGGUGAUUUUUUAGAGUGGUGACAAGGUCAUCAAGACCAUUUUGAAAUAUUUCAAUUUGGCUAGUUGCCAUUUCAAUUUUUUCCAAAGGGUCAAAAUUUAAGAUUUGUUUCUAUUUUGGUUUAUGGUGGAAAAUAAAUAUUUAAAAAAAGUGGUGUGUUUACCACGAUUUGGAUUUUAACUGGCAGCCAUCUUCAGGUUUUCCUAAGGAGUUGGCCUAUAAUUUUGGGACAAAAUUGUAGCCUUAAUGGACUAGGAUGAUGUUUGAGAGUAGGCGAGAGGGCUAUCAAGACCAAUUUCAAAGAUCUUGAAAUUCUUUUAGCUAGUUGCUGUGUUAGAUUUUUCUAAAGCUGUUAGUUAUGAUUUUGGAUAAAAUAAAAAGAUUUCUUUUAUUUUUGUGCAAGGUAAGAUAAAGGGCCAGUUAUUUAACGGGGUUUAGCCACUGUUUAACAAAACCUUGCUCUAAGCCAUUUUCAGUUUACCCAACGCUUUUAUCUAAAAGUCCGUUAUUGUGAUCAGUUUCACGAAAGCAACAGGGAAGACUGGAGAACCAUUAAUCUUCUUAAAAUAACCCACUUAGAGAGAGAUCUGGAGGUCUAAUAAUUUCUUAAACCGUGGCCUAAGUUAGACUUCGUUUAAAUAACCGACCCAUAAUUUUUUGUUUGAAAGCAGUCAAAGCAAAAAAGGCGGUCUAAAGUUUGACACAAGCAAAAAUCUAUAUCUUGGUCAAUGGUCUCGCUACCCUUUACCGUGCACAAUAAUAAUAAUAAUAAUAAUAAUAAUAAUAAUAAUAAUAAUAAUAAUAAUAAUAAUAAUAAUAAUGUUAAUGAUUCUGAUAAUGAUAAUGACAGUGACAAUGAUGUUGACAAUGACAAUAAUAAUAAAAAAGAAAGUUAAAAUCUUUAUUACAAAACCUCAAUUAAAAUCCUAUUUACAAUCAACCUGCUGUUACAAAAAAUCUAAUUAAUUCAUCAAAACACUAUCUACAAUUCCAUCCGUUACAAAAGAAACCCCUCGGCCUUAAUAAUAAUAAUAAUAAUAAUAAUAAUAAUAAUAAUAAUGAUAAUAAUAAUAAUAAUAAUAAUAAUAAUAAUAAUAAAUUAGAAUUUUGAGUCAGAAAGCAGAGGAUACAACCGCCCUUUUGGAAAAAAGCAAGGUCUCUUUUCUUCCUACAUAUUUACCACACACAAACAGGAGCCCAUAACCCGGAGCGUUCAACUGCCAUAAAUUCGUGCAACGGCGUUUUUACAAGUGAGUUUAUUUUUAGAUAAGCUUUUCCCGCGAAAAAUAACUGUUCCACGAGGUCAAUUCCUCCAUUUGAUCGUCGUUUAGACUGUUAGUAGCUCGUUUGGAGCUUUUUACAGUCGCCUUUUUCGAAGAUGAUUUCGGUUUAAUUCCCUUUGCGUGAAUUAGAUUGAAUUAUGCCUUGUCGCCGAUGAAGUAGACGUCCUGGCUAGGUUUUGCAAAUCUUGCUCUGGACUGCUAGUUUCUGUGCUGUAAAUACUGAAAUUGUCGUUUGAAGUACUGUCUGUGUCAGAAGACUUCUCUGAAGGUUCCUCACGUGUGUCCGCCAUGUUUUUUUCAAUGUGAAGGAGUUGUCCUAGUUACUUAUUAAAAGUUUAUCAUUGAUGACGCAAUAGCCAGUGAUUGCCUUUUCGAAAGCAAUUCGCGGGAAAGCCUUGUCUAAAAAUAGACCUACUUGUGAAAACGCCGUUGCAUAGGCGCAGGAUGGAAGUUAGACGCUCCACGUAAUGGACUCCUGACACAAAAUAUCGAGGACAUUCAAAUGUUAAAAUAAAUUUCAAAUUUUGACCCAAAAUCAUAGGCCCUUUGACACCCAAAAUCGAAAUCUUGGUAAAUGGUCUAGAUACCGUCUUCCAAACGUGAUAGUUAUGGACAGAGUUCGUUUUUACCCGACCUCAAAAUCUCGUAAGCUUUUGUAAUGAGAUUGGAGGCUCGUUUUGUGUAUUCCCUCCGCGUCGGAGUCUUCAAAGUUGAAUGUGCACCGAAAAUAACAAGGGCCUCCCCUUCUCAGAUUUUGUCAUUCGCCAGCCCUUAAAUAACUUAAGGCGUCUUACGCUUAUCAUACAAUUAGUGGCGAAAGCUUAAUGCUACUGUUCAUUUCCUUUAGUCUACAAAAGAAAUGCUCCUGCCCUUAACGUGAAACUGAAAGGAAACACGUCCCAGGAGAAGGACAAGAAGGUACCAUUUAGUGUUAUUUUAUUUACUUAUUGA